CAGAGCAUAGUUUUAUUGUAAGAAUUUAGCUUAAUUUUGUUAUAUUUAGUAAGAUUUGUAUUAGAUAAUUGUUAAAAAUGUUAGGAAAACAUUACAGUAAGGGAACAAAAACAAGCGUCUUUCGCUUUUGUGUUAGUAACUGAAAUGUUUCUGCAGGGUCGUGUUAUAAUUGUUUGGUUAUCUUGGCUUAUUGGAGGUAUUUGCGGAGUUGUUAUUUUGUUAGUUAUAAUUUGUUACUGCCGCCUAAUGCCGCGUCAUCAGAAAUCGUUUGAUGAACAAUACCUUAAGGAAAACUAUGCUAUCAAAGAAAACCAUGCAUAUACUAGUCAGGAAAAUUAUAGGAUGAAACAUGCUGAGGUUCAAAUCCAGCGUCACACAAGACCAGUCAGUUAUGCCGGAGAUGCAGAAUGUAGAGGAAAUCGAGAAGCUCGCCAUCCACCACAAUGCUAUGUCAACCGAGUUCCAGAUACCAGGGAGCAAUGCAUGCAAUAUGCGUCAAGCAGUAUGUUAGACGAAAUAGAUAGUGCAGCAAACAUUGAUGCACUGAAGACAAGAUCGCUCCCUGCAUUUCUUAGGCCCAAACCUCGGCCACUCUCCACCGAAGAUGACCUACAGCAACUGUACGCUAAAGUAAAUCUAAGCAAGAAAUACAAGAAUCGUAUGCGCAACGAACACGCGGCCAUCAUAGCUCUGAGUAAGUCACACAGCCAGUUCUUUGACGCGGACGCCGUCAUAGUUUAUGAUCAACGAACAGCGCUAUAAAUAACGGCAUUCCUGAUUCAAAAUGUAUUCAAACAUGUUUAGUCUGUCGUUUCAAUGUGUUUAUUUUAGCUUGGUUUAGAUCGGUGUAAAACAUAUCUAUUUGCUUCGAUGAUAUUUCCGGAAAAUGGAACUGCUUUUCUAUCUGAAGCAGUACAAGUUUGUUUUACGUUAAAAGUAAUCGAAACGAGACUGCUUUCG